AUGGCUAUCAGUACGAGAAGCAGAGGAGAAAAGAAAGCCCAAAAUGGAACAGCUACAAGCGUUCCAGCGGUAGAAAUCUCGAAGAAGAGAAACCACGAUGAACAUGAGAGCAGUGAAGAUGAAGACUUUGAGUUGAAAGGAUUGAUUGACGUAGAAGCGAGCGACGAUGAAGAAGGAGAAGAAGGAGAAGAUUCAGAUUCAGAUUCAGAUGCAGAGCUUAACAAAAUGUUGGCUGAAGACGGAGAAGAUGAAAACUCAGAUGACGAACCAAGUUCAUUCAGUGAGGAAGAAUCCGACGCAGAAACUACCAAAUCCCUAACUGACCGUUUGUCUGAUGUUAAAUUACGCACAUUGUCAUCUGACUCCCUAGCCAAAUUGGAUGAGCUCCACACGAAAUUUGCAGAUGGCCGCCCUAGGGUCAUCAGGCCUGAAAUCAACCCAGUUUACGACUCUGACGAUUCCGAUGGUGAAGAUUUCAACACUGUUGGUAACAUUCCAAUAUCUGCAUACGACGAAUAUCCGCACAUUGGUUAUGAUAUAAACGGUAAAAGAAUCAUGCGUCCAGCUAAGGGUAGUGCAUUGGAUCAACUUCUUGAAAACAUCGACUUACCUGAAGGAUGGACCGGUUUAUUAGAUAAGAAUUCCGGUUCUUCUUUGAAUAUCAGUGAAGAAGAGUUAGAGUUGAUUAGAAAGAUCGAGAAGAACGAAAAUCCAGAUGACAACACCAAUCCUUAUGAGCCAACAAUUGAAUGGUUUACCAGCAAAACCGAAAUAAUGCCGCUUAGUGCAGCACCUGAACCAAAGAGCCGUUUCACACCAUCCAAACAUGAAGCUCGUAGAAUAAUGAAGAUAGUGAAGGCUAUAAGAGAAGGAAGAAUUAUUCCUCCUGAUCAGCGUAAGAAGUUAGAGGAAGAAGAUGAUGAAAAACUUAACUACAAUCUUUGGGAAGGGAUGGAUGAUGAGAUCACCAAGGAUCAUAUUAUGACAUUACGUGCUCCUAAGGUACCACCUCCGACUAACGAGGAAUCAUAUAACCCACCCGAAGAGUACCUUCUGACAGAGGAGGAACGUAAAGAAUGGGAACAGAUGGAUCCAAGUGAACGUGAGAGAAAUUUCAUUCCAGAAAAAUACGGCUCUUUGCGUAAGGUGCCAGGCUAUGGUGAGAACAUUCGUGAAAGAUUUGAAAGAUGUCUUGAUCUUUACUUGGCUCCACGUGUACGCAAAAACAAAUUGAACAUCGACCCAGAAUCUUUGAUUCCAGAGUUACCAUCACCAAAGGACUUGAGACCAUUUCCAAUCAGAACGUCCACUACUUAUGAGGGUCACCAGGGUAAAAUCCGUACGCUAUCCGUCGAUCCUACAGGAAACUGGCUUGCCACUGGGUCCGAUGACGGUACAGUGCGUAUUUGGGAAGUUUUAACUGGUAGAGAGGUGCACAAAAUUGUCAUCAUUGAUGAUUUGGAAGAGAACACCGAAGACCAUGUUGAGGCUGUUCAAUGGAAUCCUGAUCCAGAAUGUGGUAUUUUAGCAAUCUCAGCAGGUGAAAACGUUUAUCUAUGUGUCCCACCUAUUUUUGGAUACGAGGUUGAGAACGAAGGGCACAAGAUAAUUGAAAGCGGUUUUGGCUACACUAAGGCACAAAGUGAUAAGGCUGAAGUCACCGGUGUAGGUUCAGACGAUGAAGCCGCCGGUGAGAAACCAAGCGAUGAAGAUGAAACAGCCGUCGUGAACAAGAGUGCAGCAGAAUGGUUUAAGCCAACGAAGGUACAAGCGGAGAGCGGUAUAUCUUUAGUGAUAACUACUUCGAGAGGCGCAGGUACAUCUGCGUCCACUAUCAAAAAGUUGAAUUGGCAUCGUCGUGGUGAUUACCUACUUUCUGUUUCCCCAGAUGGUGGUAACAGGGCCAGUAUUCUGAUCCAUCAACUAUCCAAACAUGCAUCCCAAUCUCCGUUCCGUAAAAGUAGGGGUAUUUUGAUGGAUGCCAAAUUUCACCCAACUAAGCCUGUCUUGUUUGUCAUGUCCCAGCGUUACAUCAGAAUCUACAACUUACAACUACAACAGCUUGUGAAGAAGCUACUACCUGGAGCAAGAUGGUUAUCUUGUUUGGACAUUCACCCACGUGGAGGAGAACAUCUUAUUGCCGGUUCAUACGAUAAGAGAGUGUUGUGGCACGACCUUGACCUUGCUGCCACUCCAUAUAAGACAUUGAGGUAUCACGAAAAGGCAGUUAGAUCAGUUGCCUUCCACAAGGGUACUCUUCCAUUGUUCUGCUCUGCAUCUGAUGAUGGUUCCAUCCAUGUUUUCCAUGCCACUGUGUAUGAUGAUUUGGUGACCAACCCAUUAUUGGUGCCAUUGAAGAAGUUACAAGGCCACAAGGUGGUAAACUCAUUAGGUGUGUUAGAUGUGUGCUGGCAUCCAAGAGAAGCAUGGUUAUUCUCUGCAGGUGCUGAUGGUGUUGCGAGAUUGUGGACCAGUUGA